AUGUCAGCCAGCAGCCUUCUUGACCAGAGACCGAAAGGCCAAGCUAAUAAAGUGCAAAACGGAGCUGUUACCCAAAAGGAUACCUUGAAUGACGAUGAGUUUGAGCCUUACCUGAAUACUCAGGCCAGACAGAGCAAUGCCUAUACGGCCAUGUCGGACUCGUACAUGCCCAGCUACUACAGCCCCUCCAUAGGAUUUUCCUACUCCCUAAAUGAGGCAGCGUGGUCCACAGGUGGGGACCCUCCUAUGCCUUACCUGGCCUCCUAUGGACAGCUGAGCAAUGGGGAACCCCACUACCUCCCGGACGCUAUGUUUGGUCAGCCAGGCCCCUUGGGGAGCAACCCAUUCCUUGGCCAACAUGGAUUCAACUUUUUUCCAAGUGGCAUCGACUUCUCAGCAUGGGGCAAUAACAGCUCUCAGGGACAGUCGGGGACACCACAGAGCUCUGGCUACAGCAGCAGUUAUGCCUAUGCUCCCAGCUCACUUGGCGGUGCCAUGAUCGAUGGACAGUCCCCAUUUGCACCUGCUACCAACGAACCCCUGAAUAAGGCCCCUGGUAUGAACAGCCUUGAUCAGGGCAUGGCGGGGCUUAAGAUUGGUGGUGCUGGUCCAGGUGGUAAUGGGGAAAUGGCUCCAAAGGUGGUUGGCUCUGGCUUACCUGGUGGGGGCCCCCUUGGUUCUGUAUCUUCUGUUGGACCUCCCAGCAUGCCUCCGGUCUCACUUGCCCCUGCCAAGCCCACCUCUUGGGCUGAUAUUGCCAGCAAACCAGCCAAGCCUCAGCCCAAGCUUAAAACCAAGGGUGGCAUGGCAGGUGCCAAUUUGCCUCCUCCGCCCAUCAAACACAACAUGGACAUUGGCACUUGGGACAACAAGGGCACCAUGCCCAAAGCUGCCACGCCUCAGCAGGUGCCCUCUAUUCCCAGCAACGGACAGCCGCCGAACCAGGCUUCCCCGCAGCCUGGAGCUACAGCUGCAGGUAACCCGCAAAUGCCCCACAGCAAUGGACAGCUGGUUCCAACCAUUUCCCAGAUGGGGCAGCAUCAACUUCCACCCCCGGGUCAGCCAGGUAUGGCUCCAAUGCCACAGCCUCCUCCCUCCCAGGGUCAUCCUCCCCCACCAGGCCAACAGCAGCAACCUUCUCAGCCUACUCGCUGGGUCCCCCCACGAAACCGAGCCAAUGGUUUUGGGGAUGCAGGUGGGAGUGGGGCGGGCCAGUCUCCUCCCACUCCUUCAGGUGUGGGGGUGGUCCCUGGCGUUCCAUCUGAACCUCACCCUGUUUUAGAGAAAUUGCGCAUGGUCAACAACUAUAACCCCAAGGACUUUGACUGGAACCUUAAGCAGGGCCGGGUGUUUAUUAUCAAGAGCUACUCGGAGGACGACAUCCACCGCUCCAUCAAGUACAACAUUUGGUGCAGCACGGAGCAUGGCAACAAGAGGCUUGAUGCAGCGUACCGCUCACUGGGUGGCAAAGGGCCGCUUUAUCUUCUGUUCAGUGUCAAUGGGAGUGGUCACUUCUGUGGUGUAGCGGAGAUGCGCUCACCCGUGGACUACAACACGUCUGCUGGCGUGUGGUCACAGGACAAGUGGAAGGGUCGUUUUGAUGUGCGCUGGAUCUUUGUUAAGGACGUUCCCAACAGUCAACUGAGGCACAUUCGGUUGGAGAACAACGAAAAUAAGCCAGUGACCAACUCUCGGGACACACAGGAGGUGCCACUGGACAAGGCCAGGCAGGUGUUAAAGAUCAUCGCUGGAUAUAAACACACCACUUCCAUCUUCGAUGACUUUUCUCACUACGAGAAGCGUCAGGAGGAGGAAGAGUGUGUGAAAAAGGUGGAGGUCCAAGGCAGUGAGCCAUAUCCCAGCAACCCCAGCAACAGGAGUCAUUACAGGCUUCAGGAGCGCCAAGGACGAGUCAAGUAGCAGUUGGUGCUUUGGUCAAAAGACUGCAAAGGCCCCCACCCCAAAAGCCCUCUCCACCCCCAGAACAUCGUUACAUCAAGCUCU